CGCACACAAAACGAUCUUGAUCUUGAAGCGGGAUGAAGGUUGGCUACGUCUUCGACGAGCGCUACUUGUGGCAUCGGCCAUGGAGCCAGCAGUACUCGUCAUUAGUAGAGCCGUUCCGUCACUGGGAGUCACCGGAGACCAAGCGUCGCUUCCACUCGCUGUUAGCAGUGUCUGGAUUGUUGGAUCAACUUGUGCCAAUCAAGCCUUUGAUCGCGACUAAAGCUCAAUUAGAGCGAGUGCAUACCCGUCGAUAUGUGGAAAAGAUGGAGCGACUUUCUGCUCGGGAAGAAGGUGGCAAUGCCGGUGAGGAAGCCCCAUUCUCUCAGUUCGCCUUCGACAUUGCGCAGCUAUCGGCUGGAGGAGUGCUCGCUGCUGUCGACGCAGUGAUGGACGGUCGAGUGAACACUGCGUACGCCCUCACACGUCCACCUGGACACCAUGCUGUCGCUGAUAGAGGAAUGGGCUUCUGUCUACUUAACAAUGUAGCCAUUUCUGCUAAACAUUUGCUGGAGACAUACACGACUCGGAUCAAGAGGAUCGCCAUUGUGGACUAUGAUGUCCAUCACGGCAAUGGGACCCAAGAAGCUUUUUACGACGACAACCGCGUGUUGUUCGUGUCGCUUCAUCAAGCGAACAAUUAUCCGGCAGAUAGUGGAGCUAUUAUCGAGCGAGGAGAAGGAAAGGGGCUUGGAUCCAACAUUAAUCUGCCCUUGCCACCAGGAUCCGGGUCCGGGGCGUACGAAUACGCGUUUAAGAGUGUCGUAGUCCCCGCGUUGGAAAGUUUUAAACCGGAUUUUGUGCUGGUAUCAUCGGGGUUUGAUGCGUCGUAUGCAGAUCCAUUAGCAGCGAUGAUUCUGAGUAGUAGUGUGUUCCGAUUCAUGGCACAUGAAUUGAGCGAAGCGGCCAAGCGACUGUGUGGAGGACGGAUUGUGUUUGCUCAUGAAGGAGGAUAUUCGGAGACGUAUGUUCCGUUUUGCGGCGCUGCAGUGAUUGAGGAGCUACUGGGGAUUCAAGAUGCUGACAAGCAGAUAAAGGAUCCUUUUCUUGACGAAGUGGAGCGAUGGGAAUAUCAAGAGCUUCAAGAGCACCAAAGGAAAGUGGUGGACACUGUAGUUGAGCUGCAAACCGCUCCCAAACAAAUGUAGAACAGAUUCUAUGCAGGAAAAAGAAUCCAUGACAUUUACCAGUUAGAGCGUA